AUGGAAAAAAAUUUGUCUCUUUUUCAAUCAGUUUGUAAACAUGUAGAUAUAAUUACUACUAUUAUUGAAUACUUAAAUAAUAUUGGUAUGCAGCUUAUGUUUGACAAUAAAUAUGAAGAAUACAAGAAAGAUGAUGUAAUCUUAUUAGUGAUAUUUACAGUCUCGGAAAUAUAUAAAGGACUUGAUAAUACAAUGGAUGUAUUUUUGGAAAAUGCUAUCCUUCGACAUUCUGUACUGGAAACUCGAUAUAAAUAUUUAAGAAAUGAAGUUAUAAGUUACACCAAUGAAAUAAUACUUCUAGCGGAUGCAGAUUUGUAUGCAGUCAUUAAUUACUUUAGAAUUGAAUUACCAUUGCAUUUAAAUAAAAUUUGGAUCCAAGAACCAAUAAAAGAAAAAUUUUUAUGGCUUAUGGAGGAAUAUUUUGGAAUGUCAAAUUUGAGAUCUGAUAUUAAUACAUUUCGAACGAAGAACGAAUUAUUUACAGCCGGUAUACCUAAUAAAAUGAAAAUUGUAUCUAUAUGGACGGAAGAUAUUGUAUUUGCUAAAAAUUUAGCAACAUCUUUAAAUAGAGAUGUUUUGUUUAUAAAUACAUACAUGGACUUCCACUGUGGUGUUGUACUUUUGCCUUAUACAAAAAUAUUUGAUAAAACAUUGCAUAAAUGGUGCAAGUCUAAUCUCGAUGAUUGUAUAAAAAAAUCAAAUAUGCAGAAAAAUAAUAAUAUAGUUUACAAUUUAUUUUAUGAUGGUAUGUGGCAGCAACCUGUAGAAAGCACAUAUUGGGUACAUAAUGAUAGUCAGUGGGCAAAUGCAACAAGUGAAGAUGUUAACAGAUGUAUUAAUUCAGCUGAAAAAGGAUUCAAAAUUUGGAGUACUAAACCUAUUACUUUUAGAGUGCAAGUAUUGUCCAAAUUUGCAUCUAUAUUAAGAUGCAAUGGUAAAUCUGUAUUGGCAGAUAUAAUAGCAACAGAUAUAAAAUUCUCAUAUAUCUAUCAGAAUUCUUUAUCAUGCUCACAAAGUGGAGGAUUAGAAGUAACGAAAAUUCGUAAUCCAAAGGGUGUUAUCAUUUUGAAAGCGAAAGAUGAAACUGUUUUAUUUCGUCAAUUAACACAAAUUUUAACUAUUGGUAAUUCUGUUAUUGUAAUAUGCGAUACAAAUUCUUGUAGUUUGGCACCAUAUUGUAAUAUGCUUUCGGCAUCUGCAAUGCCAUCAGGUGUUAUAAAUUUGUUGUCAAAUGAAGAUCUAAACAAACUAGAAUUAGCUUUAUGUGGAACGAAUUAUGAAAGCUAUGCAGAACAGUUUUUCUCAGAAAAUAAUAUGGAAAAAAUAUAUAUAAAUCUUACCAUACCCAAGCAAAUUAUACUUCCACUUAAAUAA